AUGCUAGCUUCGCCUGCCACGAUUGGGACCGUCGUCGAGGCUCUGAAGAGGCAUCGCGUGCCGAAGAUUGUUGUCGACCCCGUCAUGAUUGCGACCAGCGGCGCGGAGCUUCUCCCGAGAGAUGCUGUUGCCGAGCUGCUUGAGGGGCUGCUGAAGAUCACGACGGUUCUUACGCCGAAUAUCCCCGAGGCCAAGUUGCUUCUGCAGGAUGCUGGGUUUGAGGCCGCCGAUGUUGCUUCCGUGGCAGAUCUGGAAGAGAUGGCGCGAAAGGUGAAGGGUCUUGGACCCGAGUGGGUGCUUGUCAAGGGCGGGCAUGCGCCGUUCAAGGCGGACUUCACCGUUGCGAAGACGGAGGAAGAGAAGGAGGUUGUUGUGGAUGUGUUGUAUGGCGAGGGAGGCUUCGUGAGGAUCGAGAGCCCGUAUCAGGCGUCGAAAGACACGCACGGGACGGGCUGCUCGCUUGCCUCUGCUAUAGCGUCGGGUCUUGCAAAGGGGCUGAGUGUACCUGAAGCUGCGAGGGCUGGGGUGAGGUAUAUUGAAGCUGCGAUCCGGACGGCGCCUGGAUUCGGAAAGGGUCAUGGGCCUUUGAAUCACUUUCACUCCAUUCAGACCCUGCCAUUCGCGCCGGGUCGGUUCAUCGAGUACAUGCUGGCGAGGCCUGAUGUCAAGGAUGUAUGGUCAGAGUUUGUGUACCAUCCCUUCGUCAUGGCUAUGGGUGAUGGGACGCUGCCUUUGGAGUCAUUCAAGAAGUAUCUCAUCCAGGAUUACCUCUAUCUGGUCCAUUUCGCUAGGGCCAACUCGUUGGCUUCUUACAAGGCGAAAAACAUUGCAGACAUCUCAGCAGGUGCUACCAUUGUCAGCCAUAUCGCUCGCGAGAUGUCUCUGCACAUCGAUUACUGCAAGGGCUUUGGAAUCACAGUGCCUGAAAUCGAGGCCACCGAAGAGCACCAAGCAUGCACAGCUUACACCCGCUACGUCCUCGAUGUCGGACAGAGUGAGGACUGGAUCGCCCUACAGAUGGCAUUGGCUCCUUGUCUGUUGGGCUACGGUGCCGUGGCUAAACAGCUACACGGCGAUGUCAAGACGAAACGGGACGACAACACGUACUGGAAGUGGAUCGAGAACUAUGUAGCCGAUGACUACGUCCAUGCCGUGAAGACAGGCUCUGCGUUGAUCGAGAGACACGCCGUUUUGCAAAGUCCUUCCAGCAUAGAACGUCUGAUCAAGAUAUUUAUUCAUGGAACCAAGAUGGAAAUCGGCUUCUGGGAAAUGUUCCCUCACCGAUGA